CUGAGUGCACUGUGUUUUGGAUUGAAUAUGUGGUGGUUUGUUUGUGUUUAAAAUGGAAUAAAAUCAAUGAUUAAUCCAGUUUAUUUCAUUUGUGAUUUCACAGGCUAUAAAUGAAUUCAGAUAGUAAACUCUUUUUUUUCAUUAAUUACUUACAAAUGAUCAAAGAGAUCUGUACUUAUUUGACUUUGUUGGAACCUAGUGUAGCAUUAAGUUUACCAAUAAUCCAUCAAACAUUCUUUGCUCUAAAAUAUAAUUAUCAAUAUGACCAACCCAGUACUUUUAUAGUGGUUGUCACAACAGGAUGUUGUGAAGAAUAAAUUUACAGUUUUUAACUUGUGUCACCAACCAUUACCAUACCAAGCUGAGUUAAAGUAUGUCAUUUUCUUUUAAGAAAGCAGAAUGUUAAAGUAGUUGAUGGAAUUGGAAAGUGAAUUACAUUUUGUUCAAAAAGUGUAAAUGCAAAAUACUUUUGGAGUUCUAAUCGGUCUAAAAAGUAUCAAUUAUGAAAGAUCCCAUACUGUUCAAGGGACAUAUAAAUGCAAAACAAACACAGUGACUGUGACUGCAUUGGAUCCAAGACUUUGGUAUCUUGUUUGAGUGGAUCAUAAUUGUGCAGCACUUGUCACUGACAGUUAAGUGUACCUAGAAGCCUUGACAUUGUGAGGCUGUCCAUGAGAGGGUGGUUGCCUGUGGAUGUGAGACCCAAUGUAUCGUGCCUAUAAAGCUCAACUGCGGGCCCAGUCGGCCCCCAUCUUCAGAAACACUCCUUUUCAACAGAGCGAAGAUCUUGAAGAGAUGAAAACCAAGGGACGGUUGUUAUCUGCUGGAGAUUCUCACGAUACCAAAACCUUCAUACAGGAGCACAAAAUCAGUGGCAACGAAAAAGGGCUUGAGGCAGAGACAAACAAAGAGAACACAUUUGAACAUAAGCUUCUCAAUCGUGACAGUGGUAAUGUUAUACUAGUAGAGGACGAAAGUGGUCAGAAAAGUGAUAGUGACAGUUCCAAAACUACUCUUGCUGGAAAACCAGUCAAAUAUCCAUUGCACCGUAAAAGUUCUAAUAUCACAAAUGACUCUGGGAGAAGCACUGUAAGUGAUCUUGGAGAGAUAGAAAAUGACUUGCAGACUGAAAUACAUGGAAAUGAAAGUGAUGGACAUGUUUGUUGUCACAGUAAUCAUUUCCUUUCUAUUGACCCACAUAGAAGGGAGAGUUUGACUGUGAUAGAUUCCACUGGACAUUUAACAUUACCAUCUCCUAUUGAAUGCGUGACUGUGCGUUCAUUGCCAGGUGAGGACGUGGACUAUCUCUCAGACGGCAGUCCCUCCCCACAGUGCAGACACAGUCAAUGUGACGGACACCUCUCCCCUACAGGCAGUAGAACACCUGCUGGAAGUCCCUUACACAAGGGGCAUGCACCCAAAAUACUGUACAGCAAUUCUGAAGAUAGUAAACUAAGUCACCGUCGCCUCUCAUACCCUCGCUCACCCUACACAUCGCCGACCACAUCGCCGCGGUUACGACGGCAGCCAACAAUGGAGACGAGAAGAAUCUCCGUGUCAGACAGCUCUGAUGGCUACAUACAACUUAAUCAAUACAAGCUCAAGGAUGAAAUUGGCAAGGGUUCCUAUGGUAUUGUCAAGUUGGCCUACAAUGAAGCAGAUGAUGCACAUUAUGCAAUGAAAAUUUUGUCAAAGAAGCGACUACGAAAGAAGGCAGGCUUUUUUGGUCGACCUCCCCCAACUCGUGAAGGGCGGUCACCAGUCCGGCCCCCCACCCAUCCCUUGGAGCGGGUGCACCGGGAGAUAGCCAUACUGAAGAAGCUGGACCACCCCAAUGUGGUGCGCCUUGUGGAAGUACUGGAUGACCCAGAGGAGGACAAUCUCUACAUGGCAUUUGAACUUGUGGAGAAAGGGGAAGUUAUGGAGCUACCUACCAGUCAGACCCUUCCGGAGGAGAAGGCGUGGAGCUACUUCAGAGACAUCAUCCUUGGCAUUGAGUACUUACAUUACCAGAAAAUCAUACAUCGGGACAUCAAACCCUCUAAUCUGCUAUUGGGAGAUGAUGACCAUAUUAAGAUUGCAGACUUUGGUGUUAGCAAUGAGUUUACAGGGAAUGACAUAUUUCUAACCAGCACGGCUGGAACGCCAGCAUUCAUGGCUCCAGAGGCGCUCAAAGAGGAGAAAGAAAACUUUGGUGGCCGUGCCCUGGAUGUCUGGGCUAUGGGAAUUACCCUCUACUGCUUCCUAUAUGGACGGUGUCCAUUUGAAGAUGACAUGCCAUUGAGUUUGCAUAAAAAGAUUCUUACAGACCCAGUGAUAUUUCCCGAAAAGCCUGUGAUUUCUGAAAACUUGAAAGAUUUGAUCCUCAAAAUGCUCAACAAAGACCCAGAGAAGAGGAUAACUCUGCCCAGUAUAAAGGAACACGCUUGGGUCACCAAGGAGGGCACGUUGACGUUGCCAACAGAGAGUGAGAACUGCAUCCUGGUCACAGUGACUGAUGAGGAGGUGGACAAUGUGGUCAAACACAUUCCCAAAUUGGAGACACUGAUCCUUAUCAAAAGUGUUCUGCGUCACAAGUCGUUCAAGCAUCCUUACAAGGACUACAUCAAGGAAGAGUUUCAGCGCUCUGGACGCUCCAACUCUGCACCCAACUCCACAUGUAACCAGGCUGUCAAACAAUGUCUGUCUGUCAGUGAAGACAUAGAGGAGCAGUCCUAGCCACAUGGGGACAACAGUCCAUCAGUUGUGGGUUUUCCCAGCUGAGUUACAGUAUGCAUUGGGCUGUAUCAGAGCUGGGCACAUCAGUCAAAAUAGGGGAUCAGCCCUUGGCAACUUAUGAACACACCAGAUUUUGGUCUGGUGUUGCAAGCAUCAUGUCCACCCAAUUGUACUGGGUAAAUAGAAUUCCAGAAAACAGUGAAUAUUUCAGACAGUUUGGGAUGACAAAUUAAGUCUGCAGUACGUGGUCACAGUAUGCUACUUGAGAGAGGAAAGCAGCUAGCAUUCAUAGGGAUAAUAUUUUGUGUUAAUAAUUUGUGCAAACAGUAGUGUUUUACAUCUUUCUAAUCUGUACCUACUCCUACUUCAGUUUAUUUUUAUUAUUUAACUUGAAUCCUACCUGUGAUUGUAAUAUUUAUAGAAAUACAUUGUACAACUUUUAUGUCUGGCUUUAAAAUUGUGAUUGAAUUUCAAUUUUAAAUUUGAGAUUUUUACAUUGUCAGAUUGAUGUCAAAAUCAGUUUUGCACAAAACAUUUACCAUAUGUUUAUUGAACAUGACUAGCUAAAUGUUUCGACCUAAUAGUUACAUCAUGCAGUCACCAAUCCAUGGAAAGUUCUUAAUAAAUGUACCAUGGCAAUGCUAAGAUUUGCCAUAUCAAAUCAAUACCCAUUGGAGGUAUCAAGUAUGUUCUGGCUACCCAUUGGAGGUAUCAAGUAUGUUCUGGCUAACAUUUUUCUUAUCAAGGUAUGUUAACUGACUUUAAGUGUUCGCUUCUGUUUAGUUAGACUGGAGAUAAAUACCAAUGUAUUCACCUCUGUUUAGUUGAAUAUUGCACUCUAUUUGUUCACUUUGUUAUCAUGAUUUAGAAAUUACUGUUGGUGUGUGCACCAUGUUCUCCAAUUGUUUAUAAACCACAAUCAUGUAUCGUUGUUAUUAUAUUGUUGACUUUUCUACCACUAUAAGGCUUUGCAUAAGCUAUUUUCUUUGUAAGAACACCAGUGAAAGUUCAUGUAAAACAUUUAGGAAAAGAACUAAACAAUGUUCAUUGAAGUUGCACGUUUUUAUGCCCACAUUUAAGAAAGUUGUAACAAUAAAAAUAAGACCUGGGGUGUGGCCAGUUUGGAUUCCAAGGGCAUUAUUUAAAAAAAAUGUAAUCCACAAUACAAUGUUACAUACCAACUAUUAAACCUGGGGGCCUUUUGGUUUCAAAAGAAAACAAAUUAUUAAGUUAUUUUGCUAUAUAAGUCUAAAGAAUCUUUUUGACCCCCUCAGAGAAACCAGUUUUGAUCCAAAUGCCAUGGUUUGAUGAAACUAAGUACAGGGCCAACAUACACUGUUACACAUCUGGGCAUUGUAGUUUCAGAGGAUUAUUUUUUAACCAAUUAAGUCUAUUGUAACUAUAAUAAUCUUACACAAAUUUUAAGUUGAAAUAGAGGGCAUAACUUUUGCAACAUAGACCAAUUACAAUGUCACAUGUACAACUUGGUAUCAUAAGGAACACCCCAAGCAAGUUUGAAUUUUGUAAAUGGAAAAAGUAGGAGAACUUCUUUUCACAAAUGCGUGCAUACAUACAUACAUACAUACAUACAAUACAUACAGGAAGACAUUCAUCAUGAUUCCUGUAUACCCUUUACUUGAUGUAGGACUGAAAUGCAUAUGUAUAAAACAGUUAUUAUAAUUACUUCCUUGUUGCAAACCAUCUUGUUGAUAUGGACUGCAAUAUUUGUUAUUGGGCUCAUAAAAUAAUCCAUAGUUUAGCAUAGUUCACCGCUAAGAAAACAAUUAUUGUGAUACUUCGUGUCCUUUUAGCUUCACUCCUAUUUAUUUGUUCAGAACAAUAUGAGAAUGUUUGGCAUUAUGAGACAUACCGGGUAGAUCUGAAAUCCAUAAAUCUCAGAGUAAUUUUUUUUUGGACUUCUGUUCUGACUUCCAUUGCAUUAGAUGUCUUUUAUAUAUGACCCAGUGUUCCACUGUCUGUAGUGACAGGCCUAUUGCUUACUGGACUGCUGGAUUCCCUCCCAUUGUGCACAUAUCAGUGUACCUGUAGAGUUGCUCACACCUGGCAUAUAUGCACACACUUGUACAUACAAACAUACAUACAUACAUAAAUACAUCAACUGUACUGCUAUGUAACAGGCUCUACAGAGAGUAUGUUAACGCUUUGUUUGGCAACAAAUCAUUUUGGGGCUGAAUAAUGCCCUAAAGUUCAUUAAUUUAUUAAUUGUUCUUGUUAAAUCAACACAAUUUUCCUUACUGUACAUAAUUAGUUGUUGUUGUUUUUUUUCAUGUAUUUAUUAAUCUUUGGAUUUUUAUUCUGGGAUUAUUUCUUUGUGGAAUUUACAAAUUGUACACAUUUCCAAUCCCACUGUAUUCUUGGUCAAUCAGUGAAGGCCUAUCUGAUUACUUUAUUGCACUUGUCAGAACAAUCCUUUUGCUUAUCACCUUGUAACAUAGGAAUCACCUUUGUACAGAAGCUAUCACUUUGCAUGUUAUUUUUGUUGUUUUUAUUUUUUUCUCUUUAUAUAAGUGUGUAUUUAUAAGUGAAUGUAUAUUUUUAAUUAUAUACUUUUCUGAGAUAUUUUAUUACUCUCGAUUUAUAUAAUACGUAUAAUUAUUAUAUAUUUUGUUACCCUACAAAUGCAUUUCAAGUUUUUGACUUCAAAUAAAGUUUUACAUUUUC